UUAGUAUUAAUCCCGCCUACUUUUAUGGAAGUUGAGCUUGCGAAGAAUUGUGAAGAGCUUCGCUACUUUGGAUUUGGAAGCGAUAAUGCGACGUUCUUUUUCAUUGACCCGGAUGGAGGUAAUCAGGGUGUUGACCCAUUCCAGGUGGAAUGUGAAAUAACAGAUGGAAGCUUUACAGGCCGAACAAUCGUAACACCAACAAUUAACCUUGUAGAAGAUGUUAAUGGGUACGAAUCAAGUGGUUCCUUCAUACGCUAUAUUACGUACGCGAUAUCCAUUGAUCAGAUCGUAGCACUUAUGACGUCAUCAGUCACUUGCCGCCAGUACGUGAAGUAUGAAUGUUUUGGUUCCCUACUGCGAUAUACCUACUGGGUGUCACGUAAUGGCACUGUGAUGCGUAACUGGGGGUCACCUACCGGAUAUGAUGGUUGUCUGUGUGGAUAUAGAGGCGCUUGCUAUUCAGCCUCGGUUGUCUGUAAUUGUAACGAAAACGAUAAUGUGCUCCGAGUCGAUGAUGGAUAUAUUGAUGAUAUCUCUACUCUACCGGUCAUUAGGCUACACCAUGGCGACACAGGACAUGCCAAUGAAUAUGGUACGAGCACAAUUGGACCAUUAGAAUGUUCAGGCUUGAAGGUUCAGGUUGCAGCCCAUUUUCAAGUAAUGCAAUUAUACGGCAAUGUAUGCCUAUCUGGAUACGUUUUAGCAACGUACAGUGUUGCGUCUAUCAUCAAAUGUGUCGCCUCUUGUCAGAAACACGAGUUGUGUCAAUCGUUGAGCGUCAUUUCUAUUAAUGAUGGCAACACGAUGAUGAGGUGCACUUUGAAUUACCGAUCAGCAAGAGUGGUUCCCAAUAAUCAACUUACCGUUGACAGCGAGUGCAAACAUUUUGAAUUUUUUUGAAAUUUUGAAAUAAUGUGUUUAUUUUCCGUAUUACUAAACAUGAUUAUCUAUACAGUACAUUAUCAUCAUUGCUAAUACAGAAGGUGCGUACUCUUCGAUUGCUUACCCUCUAGUAUGUGAACGUCGGAAUUAGUUUAGAUAAAUAGAAUAUGACCACUAAAAGAAGAGAGCUAAAUGCAUGCUGAUGCUGUAUGCUAUCUCGUUCAGUUAUUUCUUUAUUUCGUAAUGUCAGAAAUGCAGUGAUAAGAUCAUGUUUUAUGAUUUACAAAGCAUUAUUGUUGGACAUAGCGUUACGUUUAGGUACAGUUUUUUUUUAUAGCAGGUUCAUAUCAUUUUUCAUAACAUAAAAUAUUUAGAAACAACUAAAAUGAUAUGGAACAGCAGAAAUGUUAAUUGGUAUAGAGACAUGUAUCUCUCCAUCAUUUUCCUUCGAACAGUUUUUGUUUGCAUUAAAAUUAAAAUUAACAUGAUUUACAAUAGGUAGGCCUGCAACCCAACGUAUUUUAGUCAGAGGCAGCUAAAGCAAAGUUUUACUGUAACUUAUUUGAAGAACGGAAAACGACUGUGCCUGAAAACAGAUUGUGCUUAAAAACCGACUGUGUUUGAAAGUUGCCCUUUUGGCGUUCCGUAUAAAGCCGCAAAACAACUGACUGAGACACGGCUAGCGAAUGUGGAAGAUAUGUACACACAUGCACAUGCUCCUCGCGAGACAGGUACCGGUCCGGUGAAAAACGACGAUAAGAGUAAUUAUUUUUCCUCAAUCUAAAAUAUGGAUGAUAUUCACUUCGUAUUAUCGAGCAUUUGAUGAUCUAUGUUGUUAGGCAUAUAGAUUUUAAGACCGGUAGGUUUCGAAUCCCAGAUUUUUAUUGAUGGCCUUGGCUUUGCAUCUUGUCCGUAGGCUUUGCAAUAAGCGCAGUAUAAUAUAGCUUAUUGAUAUUAAAUAAUUAUUAUUUUACAAUUGUAUUUAUGAUGCAAUAAGAGUAUAUUAUUAUAUAUUUAAAACAAUACCACCACUGUACAAGUACAUUGUUAUGUACACAUAAAAGUGGAGUACUUUUCUAUUUGACGAUUGUAGAAUGUGAUAUAUAUCAAGUCAACAUACCAAAGUAUAUAUUUUCAGGCCCGUAUCCAGCUUUUUUAAA